AUGCGCGCGCUCCUCUGGUUUCCGCUGCUCUCUUUGCUGGCGUUGACUUUACCACAUUUAUCCACAACUUCACCAACUUCACCAACCAGCAGCAGCUCUCAAAGGCCUGUCAUCGGAAUCCUUUCCCAAGAGGUUAGUCGAUAUGACCCAACACCUGACGCAGAGUCCUACAUUGCGGCGUCUUAUGUCAAGUUUGUGGAGUCGGCCGGAGCGAGGGUCGUUCCUGUCAUGAUCAACCAAACGGAAGAGGAAUACAAAGCCCUUUUCUACUCCCUGAACGGGAUCCUUUUGCCAGGAGGGGGUGUCAGCAUCUACUCGUCCGGUUAUGCCAGAGCGUCGAAGAUAUUUUAUGAUUUGGCGAUUGAGGCCAAUCAGAAAGGAGACUUCUUCCCGAUCUGGGGCACGUGUCUGGGCUUCGAGCAGCUGGCCUAUCUGACGGCACAGAAGCCCGUUCUGGUGAACACAAAUACCACCAGCGUGACUCUCCCACUCAACUUCACCAACGAGGCCAAAGGGAGCCGCAUGUUCCAGGAUUUCCCAGAUGAACUCAUGCGGGCGUUAGAGACCGAGGCUCUGACCGAAAACUCUCACAUGUGGAGUGUUUCUCUGGAGACGUACAACUCCAACGACGACUUGAAGACGUUUUACAAAGUGCUGUCCACAAACACCGACGGCAGAACUGAGUUUAUUUCCACGUGGGAAGCGUAUGAUUAUCCGAUCUACGGCGUUCAGUGGCAUCCAGAGAAGAACCCUUUUGAAUGGACCAGAGCGUAUUAUGCACACUCUUCAAAUGCUGUCAAAGUGACCUUUUACUUUGCAAACUUCUUUGUCAACGAAGCCAGAAAAAGUGUGCACUCAUUUGAAAGUGAGGAAGCAGUGAGGAAGUUAUUGAUCUACCGACACAGUCAGACCUACGCGGGGGACCAGAGACCCUUCGAGCAGAUUUACUACUUUUGA